AUGGCCAUCCUUGCGAUAGGAGGAGCCGUGGUACUCUUCGCGAUACCAGCCUACACGCUCCACUCCGCGAUCUGCCUCUUUCAAAACUACCAGAUCGCACGCAAGCUCGGCGUGCCGGUGCGCAUCAUCCCUGUCGACCACAUCAACCCGCUCUGGACGAUCGUCAGCGGGCGUGUGGCAGGCCUGCUGAAGAAGCUGCCGUUUGGGCUCGGCGACAACACCAUCACCAGGUACAACUACCUGGGCUUCGACAUCCCGCUGCGGUGGAAGGCCCACGAGGAUCUCGGCGAUGUCUUCAUCCUCUGCUCGCCGGCCAUGAUCUGGCUGUAUCUGGGCCACCCGGACGACAUUACUUCCAUGCUGAAGAGAAACGCCGAUUUCCCGCACAACUCUGAACUCACGGCGAUGCUCGAUGUUUUCGGGCCUAGCAUCGGCUCUGCUCAAGGUGCACACUGGAAGAAGAUGCGGAAGCUCAUGGGCUCGUGCUUCAAUGAUCCCACAUUCGAACUCGUCUGGCGGGAGAGUAUCGCCCAAGCCAAGGCUCUGGGACAGUACUGGUGCUCCCAGUCAACAGUCAAUACAGUCGACCACGACACGCGCACCCUGUCUCUCAACGUCAUGUCCAGGGCCGGGUUCGGCAAGUCUUAUGCGUUCAAAGGUCACCAUGAAGCGCAGGUCAAGCUCAAGGGAACCUCUCUGAGCUACAAGGAGGCGCUCCAGUCCAUCCUCGAGAACAGCAUCAUGAUCAUGGUGCUGGGGACCAAGUUCCUUGCCAAACCGUGGCUGCCUCAUGCGUUCAAAGACCUGCAUGAUGCCUGCACUGCUUUCGAAGCGUACAUGACAGAGCUAUACGAGAAGGAGAAGCUGGCUUCUGCCGAGGGAAGGGUCUCUGAGCGGAACUUGAUGACCUCGCUCGUGCGGGCUUCUCAGCAGGAGAAGGGAAGCAUGAGCGAGAGCGAGAUCUACGGAAACAUGUUCGUCUUCAACUUCGCCGGCCACGAUACGACAGCUCACACCUUCGUUUGGAUCAUGUACUUCCUAGCUGCAAACCCUAAAGUGCAAGACUGGAUAAAUGAAGAGGUUGAGCACGUCCUUGGCACACGUCCGGAGCAAGAAUGGGACCUCAAGGCGGAUUUACCACGUCUCAAGCGCUGUCUCUCGAUUGUCUUCGAGACUCUUCGCCUGUACUCGCCGGUCGGGAUGGCAAAGUGGACCGAUCGAAACGCAACGACACUGCAACUAGUCGAUGGAAGGACAUUGCACAUCCCGCCAAAGACAAUGGUCGUUCCAAGUCAUAUCUCCGUGCAGUCCGAUCCGAGGUUCUGGGGCCCAGACUCGCUCACAUGGCGGCCGUCACGGUGGAUCCAGUCAGAAUCGGCCAGCGAUUCGCCCAACAUCGAUGAUGAGAUGCUUUUGACGCCCCGUCGUAGCACAUUUCUAGGCUGGUCCGAUGGCGUGCGUGACUGCCCCGGCAGAAAGUUCGCUCAGAUCGAGGCUGCCGCGACCAUCGCCACCGUGUUCAAGGACUGGCGGGUGAGCCCUGUCACCAGACCGGGAGAGACGCUCGGAGCAGCCAAGCAACGAGUGCUGGAUUUCAUCGAGGAAAAUACUGGGCAGGUCUUGUUGGUGCAACUGCUCCAUCCUGAGCGAUGUCCUCUGCGGUUUGAGAAGAGGUAG